GCCGCUGCCUUCACCGCCGCCGCCGCCGCAGCCGCAGCCGCAGCCGCAGCGGACACCGAGCAGGUAGAUGGCCCCUCAAGGGCAGGCCCUGCGGACACCCCUCCCUCCGGCUGGCGGAUGCAGUGCCUAGCGGCUGCUCUUAAGGACGAAACCAACAUGAGUGGGGGAGGGGAGCAGGCCGACAUCCUGCCGGCCAACUACGUGGUCAAAGAUCGCUGGAAGGUGCUGAAAAAGAUCGGGGGCGGGGGCUUUGGUGAGAUCUACGAGGCCAUGGACCUGCUGACCAGGGAGAAUGUGGCCCUCAAGGUGGAGUCAGCCCAACAGCCUAAGCAGGUCCUCAAGAUGGAGGUGGCUGUGCUCAAAAAACUCCAAGGGAAGGACCACGUGUGCAGGUUCAUUGGCUGUGGCAGGAACGAGAAGUUCAACUACGUGGUGAUGCAGCUCCAGGGACGGAACCUGGCUGACUUGCGCCGCAGCCAGCCGAGGGGCACUUUCACACUGAGCACCACACUGCGGCUGGGCAAGCAGAUCCUGGAGUCCAUUGAAGCCAUUCAUUCUGUGGGCUUCCUGCACCGUGACAUCAAGCCGUCCAACUUUGCCAUGGGCCGGCUGCCCUCCACCUACAGAAAGUGCUACAUGUUGGACUUUGGGCUGGCCCGGCAGUACACUAACACCACAGGGGACGUCCGGCCUCCUCGGAAUGUGGCCGGGUUCCGGGGGACUGUCCGCUACGCCUCAGUCAAUGCUCACAAGAACCGGGAGAUGGGCCGCCAUGAUGACCUGUGGUCCCUCUUCUACAUGCUGGUAGAGUUUGCAGUGGGCCAGCUGCCCUGGAGGAAGAUUAAGGAUAAGGAGCAGGUGGGGACGAUUAAGGAGAAAUACGAGCACCGCAUGCUGCUGAAGCACAUGCCGUCCGAGUUCCACCUCUUCCUGGACCACAUCGCCAGCCUUGACUACUUCACCAAGCCUGAUUACCAGUUGAUCAUGUCGGUGUUUGAGAACAGCAUGAAGGAGCGUGGCAUUGCUGAGAAUGAAGCCUUUGACUGGGAGAGGGCAGGCACCGAUGCCCUCCUGUCCACGAGCACCUCCACCCCACCCCAGCAGAACACCCGCCAGACAGCAGCCAUGUUUGGAGUGGUCAAUGUGACACCGGUGCCCGGGGACCUGCUUCGUGAGAACACUGAGGACGUGCUGCAGGGAGAGCACCUGAGUGACCAGGAGAAUGCACCCCCGAUCCUGCCUGGAAGGCCUCCGGAGGGGUUGGGCCCUACUCCCCACCUUGUCCCCCACCCUGGGGGUCCUGAGGCUGAAGUGUGGGAGGAGACAGAUGUCAACCGCAACAAACUGCGCAUCAACAUCGGCAAAACACCUUGUGUGGAGGAAGAGCAGAGUCGAGGAGUAGGGGUCCCCAGCUCCCCAGUGCGUGCCCCCCCAGACUCCCCAACAACUCCAGUACGGUCUCUACGCUACCGGAGGGUCAACAGCCCAGAGUCAGAGAGGCUAUCCACAGCGGCUGAUGGGCGGGUAGAACUGCAUGAAAGGAGGUCGAGGAUGGAUCUACCUGGCUCACCCUCACGCCAGGCCUGCUCCUCACAGCCAGCCCAGAUGCUGUCAGUGGACACAGGCCAUGCUGACAGGCAGGCCAGCGGCCGCAUGGACGUAUCUGCCUCAGUGGAGCAGGAGGCCUUGAGCAACGCCUUCCGCUCGGUGCCGCUGGCUGAGGAGGAAGACUUUGACAGUAAGGAAUGGGUCAUCAUCGACAAGGAGACAGAGCUCAAGGACUUCCCUCCUGGGGCUGAGCCUAGCACGUCAGGCACCACGGAUGAGGAGCCUGAGGAGUUGCGGCCUUUGCCUGAGGAGGGUGAGGAAAGGAGGCGUCUGGGGACAGAGCCCACUGUCAGGCCCCGCGGACGUGGCAUGCAGACGCUGGCAGAGGAGGACCUGCGGCAGAUGCUGCCCCAGCCUCCACCACCUCAGUUGAGCCAGGCUGAUGGCCGAUCAGAGACAUCACAGCCACCCACGCCUGGCAGCCCUUCCCACUCACCCCUGCACUCGGGACCCCGCCCUCGACGGAGAGAGUCGGACCCCACGGGCCCUCAGAGACAGGUGUUCUCUGUGGCGCCCCCGUUUGAGGUGAAUGGCCUCCCACGAGCUGUGCCUCUGGGCUUGCCCUACCAGGAUUUCAAGAGAGACCUUUCUGACUACCGAGAACGGGCCCGGCUGCUCAACAGGGUCCGGAGGGUGGGCUUCUCGCAUGUGCUGCUCACCACCCCACAGGUCCCACUGGCUCCCUUUCAGCCUCAGGCCAAUGGGAAGGAGGGUGAAGAGGAGGAGGAGGAAGAAGAAGAGGAAGAAGAGGAGGAAGAGGAGGAGGAAGAGGAAGAGGAGGAGGAGGAAGUUGAGGAGGAGGAGGAAGCAGGGGCCCUUGGGGAGGUGCUGGGGCCUCGCAGUGGCUCUAGCAGUGAGGGGACUCAGAGGAGCACUGAGCAGAGCCAGGAGGGCGCCCCGUCCACACUGCUGGCUGAUGAUCAGAAGGAGGCCAGGGGCCGGGCCUCCAUGGCUGAUGGGGACCUAGAGCCCGAGGAGGGCUCCAAAACGCUGGUGCUCAUCUCCCCUGGUGACAUGAAGAAGUCGCCAGUCACUGCCGAACUGGCCCCUGACCCUGAUCUGGGCACCUUGGCUGCACUCACCCCUCAGCAUGAGCGGCCCCAGCCUACUGGGAGCCAGCUGGAUGUCUCAGAGCCUGGCACCCUGUCCUCCAUCCUCAAGUCUGAACCCAAGCCCUCAGGACCUGGACCAGGGCUUGGGGUUGGACUGGUGACCCCUGGGGCUGGGGUCAUAGCAGUCACCUCCUCGCCCUUCACCAAAGUCGAGAGGACCUUUGUUCACAUUGCAGAGAAAUCCCACCUCAAUGUCAUGUCUUCCGGAGGACAGGCCUCCAGGCCAGAGGAAUUGAGCACUGGGGGCGAGCUGGGCCUGGAGAUGCUCUCUGAGCAGGGCAUGGCGGAGGAGGGGGCCCCAGUGCCUCUGGAGAAUGGCAUGGUUUUGUCAGGGCUGGAUGGGACUGAAACAGAAAGUGCCCUGUCUGGCCCUCCAGGGGAAACACCCUCAGAAGUGGUCACAGACUUCUUGCCCAAUGGCCCAGCCGUUGCUGGUGGGCCAGCCUCAGCAUCCCCACUGGAGCCUGUCACCAAGAAAGCGACCGCCAUCUCUCCUAGCCGCCAUGCUAUGCUAGGUUCUCGCCCCAGGAGCCGUAUUCCUGUCUUGUUGUCUGAAGAGGAUACAGGUUCAGAGCCUUCGGGCUCACUGUCAGCCAAAGAGCGAUGGAGCAAGAGGGCGAGGCCACAGCAGGACCUGGCACGGCUGGUGAUGGAGAAGAGACAGGGUCGUCUGUUGCUGCGGCUGGCCUCCGGAGCCUCAUCUUCCUCCAGCGAGGAGCAUCGCCGUGCCUCUGAGACAUUCUCAGGCACAGGCUCUGAGGAAGACACACCUGCCUCAGAGCCCACAGCAGCCCUGCCUAGGAAGGCUGGGCGGGCAGUAACCACCCGGAGCCGAAUUCCCCGUCCUAUCAGUGUGUCUACAUCUGCAGAAGGCCAGCAGCUUCCUGGCAGACCCCAUGGUGCGGCCUCAUCGUCUGACUCGGCCAUCACCAGCAGGCUCCAGCUGCAGAAGCCCUCAGGGUCAGCCACUGCCGCUGACCUCCGUCCCAAACAGUCUUUGAGCCGGGGUCCUGGCCCAGGUCGCGCCCAAGUCUCCAGGCCUACAGCGCCCCGCAGUCCCGGCCUCACCGCCUCCACCGCCCGGCACCACAACGGGUCCUCGCGGAGCCAGUCCCUGUCCCGCAAAGAGAGCUCCUCCCCCUCGCAUCAAGCCCGGCCCGGGGUCUCCCAACCUCGGGGGGUCCUCCAAGCUAAAUCUCAACCCGAGGCCUCCCCGGGGACCUCCAAGAAAGGACCCAGAGGGAAACAACUGCAGACUCAGCGCGCAGCAGCCAAAGGCCGGGCGGCGGUUUCAGAGGGCCGCCCUGGGACCAGAUAAUGACGCCCGCCCAUGGCACCCCCUACCCUCACCCUGGUCCCCACCCGCAGCCGGCCACACUGGAACAGCUUCCAGCACAGCCUUACGCGCCCGAGCCACCGCGGCCUCAGCUUCCCGCCUGCACCCACCAGGACGCACGUGAGCACAUGUGCCCAGCAGCAGCCCAGCCCGCGCACUGACCCAGGAGGGUGCGUGGCUCGGUUUCUCUCUCUGCGUCCUCCCUUCCUCCUGCCGCCCCUCUGCAGGGACGGGCUCACAGCAGCUCCUUUGCCCCGGGAAGGCUCAGCCACUUACCGCCACCGAAGACUCCGAUUCUGGAGCCCGUCCCCUUCACCCACCAGGCCUUGGCUGAUCUCUAGCCCUCUACCCCCGCCC